AGCUGUUGCUUGUAUGAACGGGUGGCGCUGCCGCGUCGCCCGGUUCCAAGUUUCCCACUCAGCGAUGCUACGUCGUCGCGCGGGACGGGGCUGCAGGCGCUUUUCGAGUCCUAUAAGCAGCAGGGCUCGUCGUGUAGCAGCAGGCCGGUCGGCGCAGCGAGCCCGGGAUCGGCAUCCAGCUCAAGUGCCCCACCGAGCGCAAUGAAUGCAGCCGGCUACGGGUUCCGAAGGGCGUCAGGCGUCAGCAUUGAAGGACGCCGCGCCGGCGUCGGUGGCUGGCUGGGCGCGACCCACGCAAAACGGGGCCGGCGCCCGUUUGCCUGGCCCUUAUUUAUCUGGCCGAGCCGGCCCCGCUGCUGUCCGAUUAGCGGGAGAGCCCAG